AUGGUGCGUGAGGAUUUCCCGGAUUUAAGACAUCUGGCGCAACAAGCAUCCGUUGCAUUCGUUAAUACCUUACCAAAUAUCGACAUCGCACGACCUAUUUCCAGUAAAAUUGUUUUCAUUGGAGGUAUUGCUAAGAAGCAAGUAACAGUUUUGGAAAAGGUAAACUGA